AACUCGCCGGUAGGGUAUCCUUCGCCUGUGACGCCUUCUUCGGCCGGGUCGGACCGAGGACCCACCCGUGUCCUCAUCCGGAAGAGUCUUGGUAUCCCAACGCCCACGAACCUCCUCGCUUCAGCGGUCGACUCUCUGCUACAUCUAUUCAGCAUGGACGACCUGCCACCCCGCAAUUUGACUGCCGAGACCGCACUGCAUCACAGGCCACUUUGCUGCUACGCCGACGCCACGGGGUACGGUCGGAUUGGCACAUUCACCCCCGCGAACAAUAUGCAUCCCGCGUACUUUGGCUUUUCCAAAAUCAAGUUUCGCGAGCAUACCGAUCUUAUCCACAUCAACUUACUAGAACUUAUCGCAUCCGCCUCUGCGUUACACACCUUCUCCCAGUACCACUCUGGAGCUGUUAUGAUCUUCACUGAUAAUACCACGGUGCAAUACUUGAUCCACAAGGGCUCUAGCGCCUCCACCACCGUCAACGAAGCCAUCUCCGAUUUCUGGCUUCACACCGCGGCA